CUGGACAAAACGUAUCACGUGGUGCUCAAAAUGCGUGACGGUGUGGGCUCCGUGUACGUUGACGGGACUCCCCUUUGGAAUAUGAGUCUGAGAAAUUCGUUCAAUGAAGGGCUGGACGCGGUCUCACACUUUUACUUUGGCGCGUACGAUGAGCAGUUGAGCAGCGGAAAAAUCCAUGCGACGGUGGCGAACGUCUUUCUGUACAACCGCCCGUUGAAUGAAACUGAGAUUGGCGCCCUCAACGCGAAUAAAGUCACCAUUCCACCUCCGGAAAGGAAGUCGGCGAAAGCGGCAGCUACUUCCCCGUCCGUUGAAUCUGCCAACGAUAAGGUGAACACAAAUACACAGCCAACUGUGCCACCGCCUGCUACUGCCGGACCACAGCAGACGGACCAAACAACUUUGAACGCGAGCAGUGUUCCGAGUGGUGGCGCUGCAUCCACACCAGCGGAGCCGAAAUCAGAAGAGCCCGAACCAGCGGAGCCCAAUGCCGCGACAUCCUCAGCAAGGGAGGGAACUGCAGACCAGCCGGCAUCUGCCACAUCUUCCGAUGGACAUGAAGCCGUGACAUCUGUUACAUCUUCAAGCGCCGCCAUUACUAAUGUUGGUGCUUCCUCAUCUGAUGAUGCACAAACGGUGGGGACGGAAGGUGGAGAUAUGAUGCAGGCAGAUCAACCAACCCAAUUCUCUGUGGGCACCCCCGACGCAGCAAAUGCAGCAACACAUAACGCUGAAGGCAAGGGACAAGAAGGGCUCCAUCCACAGGUUAAGGAAGCAGAGGCGGCGACACUCAGCAGCAGCCUUUUAAAUUCGUCGCAGUGGGAUAACAGCGUUGCUGGCACUAUGCGUGAGAGCGGACUGCUGCCGCUGCUUCUUCUGCUGGGGCUGUGGGGGUUUGCGGCUGCGUGA